AUGCAGGCCAACCUUGUAGACUGUGAAGUCUACGUCUGCAUCUAUGCUAAGGAGCUGGUUGCGAGCGGCUUCGCAAAUCUGGACGAUGGGCUGCCCGCAUUGCCCUAUGGUGCUGGCCUCUGCCAAAGGGGGAUGCGUGGGGAUAUUGUCAAACACGCACUCAAGCGGUUACUCCCAACCCUGAAGCGGGCUGGAAUUUCGGUGCCACACCAGGAUCCGCUGUUGAGCAAGCGCGUGAAUAACUCGGUGUCGCCGGAGAUUGCCGAACUCGAUGCGAAGCUGCGCGAUGCUGUCGGCGACAUCUACAACGUCACGUGCUGCAUGGGGUAUUGUGAGAAGGACAUUCAGAAACUUGAGUUCCUUGUUGAGUCUCUCACCAACGAACUGUCGACCACCCGCAAUGAUCUUGCCGCGAUGCAGGCACAAUUUGCAGCCUCACCACCACCGGCGCAGCUGCAGACUGUUGGUGCAAUGGGUGGAGCCAGCGCGAGACCCGUCGACCCCUCUACCCACGAUGACCUUGAUACGACCGCGCACAUUGAGCAGCAGGGGGAUUCGCACCAGAUACAUGCUGCCCUCGGAGUUGUCAACGGGCUACUGCUGGGGCCGACCGGCGAUGCCUCAACUCCGACUCGUCAUGGUGCGCGUGCGGGUGCACCUUCGGAGGAUCAAUAUGGGUCGAAGAUUGUUCCUGAGCCCGGGUCAUCAAGGACGCUUAUUCUCGGCAACUUCACUGACCAGCAGCAAGCGGCCCGCGCGUUUGCUGCAGCUGCAGCCGUGAUGAGGCGGAGUAAGCCACCCAGGGGUCAUGUGUGGCAGCUCACCGGAGAGGAGAUGAACCUGCUGGAUGGCUUUACACACGACAUCGACCGGCAGCUGACUACCGCACGCGUUUGGGGAUGGUGGGAAAGGUGGCGUGUGGAGCUUGCGUCCCUCGGUGGUGCUAAUCCCGCCCCGGCACCCCCUGCGAUUGUGGCUGCAGCGCCAACCCCACCCGGAGCUGCUCCAAUCCCACUUGCCCCGGCAAAUGCAGGCACCGCCCCUCGUGUCAUGGCUCUUGCACCUGCACAGCCAACCCCCCCUCUUGGAGCUACUGCUGUGCUUGUCAGGCCAACUCCUAUGCCUGUGGGGCUUACUCCCGGGCCACCAGCCCCAUCUACGCUUGCCACAAUGACCAAUCCCCCUGUGCAGGCUGAUGUAGUGGCGCGCUACAACGUGACAACCCAGGAGCCAGUUUGA